UAAUAAUUAUUUUUAAUCUAUUUUAGAUGAGCAUCUGCCACUGACCAGACAUAGAACUGAUCAAAAUGUUAAUAUCGAGAAAUAGACCAUUUGGGUUUCUAAUAUUUUUUUCCACCGUAGGUUUUGAAGGUCUUGAAGGUGUAAAUGUUCCACUAGAUGUAGAUGAAGAUACUAUUACAAAUAUCAACGAGAAGCUCUAUAAGAUGGAAGAAUCAAUUCCUUCCUGGAUUUUAGAACAUGGAGAAUGGGUUUGGCACGGCGCCUUUGAUAGAUAUGGAACUCAUCGAGAUGUUAGAGAUAGAGUUCGAACUAGUUGGACAGAAGAUGAUCUAACUUCAAAUAUGGACGCUAGAGAGCGCUAUAAGAAUUAUCUAUUACACAAGAAGGUAAAACAUUUUCUAUACAAAUGGAGGAAAUUUAAUAAAGAAGAAUUAUGACUUACCAAAAAGAUUCCAAAAGCUUUAAGGCCUGAGUGAAAAAGUCAAAAUAUCAACAAUUAGAAAAUUGCCCAUUAUACGCGGCCAACAAUGAACUCCAAAGUCCAAGCCCUAUGCCUAAAUAGACUACCUAUCUACCCCUUAGAUGCUACACAGAGCUAGAUAUGAGUUGAAAAAAGAUCACGUGACUAUUAUUCCAUUUGGAAACUUUUUCCAGCAUGUCACACUUAUAGCUAAUUGUGUAGAAUAGAAUCUAGAUUUAUUGGAAAAUUAGUUAAGAAUUAAUUUCGAUCUAAGAAAGUUUCCGCCCUAAAUUUUAAAAGUUAUUAAUGGGUUAUCCUUUUAUUUAAAGGAAAGCGUAUCUGAUCAUUAAUGUGGAAGAUAUUGCCAUGUUUCUAG